CGAUAGAAAAUGGCUGCUCGUCUCGAUGAUUUACUUCGAGAGCUUAAUUGUGGGCAUGAUUGUAGGAGACGGAUGGGGUGAAGUGAAUACCUAUACUUAUAUGAAGAGAGCAGAAUAAACCCCUGGAGCGAGCGGCCGUUUAUAAGCACGUUUGUAUGUACAAAGAAGGAUUUCUCAGGUUCGGGGGAACGCUCUCUCAUUAAUGCCUAAAUCACUGUGCCCGAUCAGGCAUAAUUUAAGUAACUUUUUAUACUUUCUUUAAUAAACAACCCGAGAAUGAGUGAGAAUGCCGUUGAGGAACCGAGAGUCCCGUCACCCGAAGACAUCGCUGAGGCGGAAAAGUACAAGGAGAAGGCGAACGAAUUCUUCAAAAAUCAAAACUAUGAUGAGGCUGUUGCGCUGUACACCAAAGCUAUUGAUCUGAACCCAUCGGUAGCAAUUUAUUACGGGAACAGAAGUUUUGCAUUCUUGAAGACAGAAUGUUUUGGCUACGCAUUAAGAGACGCUUCCAAAGCAAUAGAGUUAGACAGAAAUUAUCUGAAGGGGUACUAUCGAAGGGCAGCAGCCAACAUGUCAUUAGGCAAAUUCAAACUUGCCCUAAAGGACUAUGAAGCUGUUAUGAAAGCUAGACCAAAUGACAAGGAUGCAAAAGCCAAAUUUACAGAAUGUAACAAAAUUGUAAAAAAGUUAGCUUUCGAAAAAGCUAUUGCUGUAGAGGAAAAUAAGAAGAGUAUAGCUGAUUCUAUUAACUUGGAAGCAAUGACCAUUGAAGACGAGUAUUCAGGACCAAAAUUGGAAGAUGAUAAGGUUACUUUGAAAUUUAUGCAGGAUUUGAUUGACUGGUACAAAAAAGAGAAUAAAUUGCAUAGGAAAUAUGCAUACAAGAUACUUUUGGAUAUAAAAACUCUAUUUAUGGCCCAGCCAAGUUUAGUUGACAUCACAGUUCCAGAUGAGAAUAAAUUUACGAUCUGUGGUGACAUUCAUGGUCAAUAUUAUGAUUUGCUUAAUAUAUUUGAACUAAAUGGUCUACCGUCAGAAUCAAAUCCUUACUUAUUUAAUGGUGAUUUCGUUGAUAGAGGAUCUUUCUCUGUCGAAUGCAUAUUUACAUUAUUUGGUUUCAAAUUAUUGUAUCCAAACCACUUUUUCAUGUCAAGAGGUAACCAUGAGUCUGCAACUAUGAAUCAUAUGUAUGGAUUUGAAGGUGAAGUGAAAACAAAGUAUACAGCCCAAAUGGCAGAACUCUUUACAGAAGUGUACAACUGGUUGCCACUGGCUCAUUGCAUUAAUAAAAGAGUUCUUGUAAUGCAUGGAGGAUUAUUCUCCCGGGAUAACGUAACAUUGAAAGAGAUUCGAGAAAUUGAUAGGAACAGGCAGCCCCCAGAUGAGGGACCUAUGUGUGAGUUGUUGUGGUCAGACCCACAACCACAAAUGGGUAGAGCACCAAGUAAACGUGGAGUUGGAGUCCAAUUUGGUCCUGAUGUUACGCACAAAUUCCUUCAACUCAAUAACCUCGACUAUAUUGUUAGGAGUCACGAAGUAAAACAAGAUGGAUAUGAAGUUGGACAUGACGGAAAAUGUAUAACAGUUUUCUCCGCUCCAAACUAUUGUGAUACAAUGGGUAACCAAGGUGCCUUUAUCACACUAAAAGGCAAGGACAUGAUACCUAAAUUUACUUCAUAUGAAGCAGUGCCACAUCCAAAUGUGAGGCCAAUGGCAUAUGCAAAUUCCUUGCUGAAGUUCAUGUCCUAGUAAGGAUUUUAGGUUCAUACGCGAUUGAUUAAUGAUAACUAAUUACGAGUAGUCCAAUCAAAUUGUGGAUAAUAUAUUUGAUACCAAUUCAGAGAACAUAAGGUGCGCUUACGAUUUUCUGAAACAGUAAUUGUACUCACUUUAGGUACAAAACAGUUGACUGUAAUACAUAAGAUGAUACAUAAUAUUAAUCAAUAAGGCGAUAGACUCGUUUUCUUUUAUAAAAAUUUGCAAGCUUGCAUAUACAGUCUUCAGUAAUUAGAUACAAAAAUAUAGGAACAUUUUUAUUUAAAGUACAAAUUUAUCUUGCUGAAUUUUGUUCGUUUUACUUUAAAAUUUUACAAUGCAGAUUUAAUGAACGCACCUUACGCAUUUCUUAAUCAGUUUUUUGAUAAAUUUGUGUACCGAAUCAAGAAAAACAUUAGAGAUGAUACAUAUGGUGAUUUUUAGUUAUGAUUACUUGAAGUAUUUGAAAAGUUGUUGCUUUUUUGUAUGUUAUAAAAUAAAAUGAGAUUUGUACCAAAUGUAAAUACCAGAUGUCUGAAUAAAUUUGUAGAUACUACCAACGAUAAUUACAUUUAUAA